UUUUGGUCCAGCGUUCUUGCUGGGCUGACUGCACUUGCUCUCCGCCACAGUCAGGCAGCUCCGCAGCCGCAGCCGGCAGACUCCAACAUCAGAAGCCAUGCCCACCGUGGACCACAUCCUCGAGCACGCAGGGGACUUCCACUUCUUCCAGAAGAGAACCUUCCUCCUCCUCGCGCUGCUCUCGGCCGCGUUCACCCCCAUCUAUGUGGGCAUCGUCUUCCUGGGCUUCACCCCGGACCACCACUGCCGGAGCCCCGGGGUGGCCGAGCUGAGCCGCCGCUGCGGCUGGAGCCCCGAGGAGGAGCUCAACUACACAGUGCCCGGCCUGGGUGAGGCCGAUGGGGCCUUCCUCCGCCAGUGCAUGCGCUACGAGGUGGACUGGAACCAGAGCUCCCUGAGCUGCGUGGACCCACUGGCCAGCCUGGCCCCCAACAGGAGCCACCUGCCGCUGAGCCCGUGUGAGCACAGCUGGGUGUACUACAUGCCCGGCUCGUCCAUCGUCACCGAGUUUAACCUGGUGUGUGACCACUCCUGGAUGCUGGACCUGUUUCAGUCAGUGGUGAAUGGCGGUUUCUUCAUCGGCUCCAUGAGCAUCGGCUACCUAGCAGACAGGUUUGGCCGCAAGCUCUGCCUCUUAGUCACCAUCCUCAUAAAUGCGUCGUCUGGAGUCCUCAUGGCCGUGUCGCCCAGCUACGCCUGGAUAUUGAUCUUCCGCCUGAUCCAAGGCCUGGUCAGCAAAGCCAGCUGGAUGAUAGGAUACAUCCAGAUUACGGAGUUCGUCGGACCGAGUUACCGGAGAACGGUGGGCAUUCUCUACCAGGUGGCCUUCACCUUCGGCCUGCUGGUGCUAGUCGGGGUGGCCUACGCACUCCCUCACUGGCGGUGGCUGCAGCUCGCUGUGACCCUGCCCAGCUUCUGCUUCCUGCUCUACUACUGGUGCAUCCCUGAGUCUCCAAGGUGGCUGAUCUCUCAGAACAAAAAUGCCAAAGCCUUGAGGAUCAUGAAAUACAUUGCCAAGAAGAAUGGAAAAUAUCUGCCUGCAUCUCUCCAGAGCCUGAGAGUGGACGAGGAAGUCAGUGAGAAGCUCAAUCCAUCCUUCCUUGACUUGGUCAGGACACCCCAGAUGAGGAAACACACACUCAUCUUGAUGUACAACUGGUUCACGGGCUCAGUUCUGUACCAGGGCCUCAUCAUGCACAUGGGCCUUGCCGGGAGUGACGUCUACCUGGACUUCUUCUACUCUGCCCUGAUGGAAUUCCCGGCUGCCAUCAUCAUCAUUGUCACCAUCGACCGCAUCGGCCGCCGCUAUCCUUGGGCUGUGUUCAAUAUGGUAGCAGGGGUCGCCUGCCUAGCCUUGGUCUUCAUCCCUGACAAUCUGCAGGGGCUGAAGAUUGCCAUGGCCUGUUUGGGCAGAAUGGGGAUUACCAUGAGCUAUGAGAUGGUCUGCCUAGUCAACGCUGAGCUGUACCCCACCUUCAUCAGGAAUCUAGGUGUCAUGGUCUGCUCCUCGCUGUGCGACAUCGGCGGCAUCCUCACGCCCUUCCUCGUCUACCGGCUCACGGCCGUCUGGCUGCAGCUCCCCCUGCUGGUGUUCGCUGUGGUGGGCUUGGUGGCAGGAGUACUGGUGCUGAUGCUGCCGGAGACCAAAGGGAAGGCUUUGCCUGAGACCAUUGAGGAGGCUGAGAACAUGCAGAGACCAAGAAAAAGUCAAGAAAAACUGAUUUACCUCCAAGUUAAGAAGCCGGAGGGUCCACUCAAGUAAGGGAAGACCAGGACUCCCACAGUGGUCUGGCUCUGGAAUGCCAAGGCCAGAAGCAGAGAGUCCUUCACUCACCACAAAGUCCUUCCAGUCUGACCACACUUGCCCUUGAACCCCGCCUUCCUGUGCCACCACAGGCAGGAUUUGACUCACACCACGCAAGCCCCACCAGCAUCGCUAGGACCAUGGCCACUGGUUUCCUGGAGUAUCUCUCCAUCUUUGUAUUUCUCCACUGAGUAUCUUCCCCUACAUAUGCAAUGACCACAAACCGAAAUAUUGGCAGCUGUGGGCCAGGAAAACCCUACAGGCAAUAUCUGAAAAACCAUAAAGUCAAGGAGAGAAGAAAACACCCAAAACUCAGUCAGGCUCUCUGGGAUCUAGGUCAAACUUUACAAAACUCUUUUGGUAGCAGAAGUGAGGGCGCUUUAAAACGCAUUGAUCGUUAUUUUGGGGAUAAUUAUCAUUGGUGUAAGACUUGAGUGGGAAACCCACACAGACUUAGGAACACACCUUGAGUGGUCAGUACACUGAACAAAUACAACUGUGUACUUCUACAAA